UUAGGUAACUUCCUAGGUAAUAACAUGCCGGAGCCAACUAAGUCUGCGCCCGCCCCGAAGAAGGGCUCCAAGAAGGCGGUGACCAAGGCGCAGAAGAAGGACGGCAAGAAGCGCAAGCGCAGCCGCAAGGAGAGCUACUCGGUGUACGUGUACAAGGUGCUGAAGCAGGUGCACCCCGACACGGGCAUCUCCUCCAAGGCCAUGGGCAUCAUGAACUCGUUCGUCAACGACAUCUUCGAGCGCAUCGCGGGCGAGGCGUCGCGCCUGGCGCACUACAACAAGCGCUCGACCAUCACGUCGCGGGAGAUCCAGACGGCCGUGCGCCUGCUGCUGCCCGGGGAGCUGGCCAAGCACGCCGUGUCCGAGGGCACCAAGGCCGUCACCAAGUACACCAGCUCCAAGUGAGCGGGCGGAUCUCAUUCUUAACCCAAAGGCUCUUUUCAGAGCC